AGUGCAUGUAUAAAUAAAUAAAUAAAUCUUUAAAAAAAAAGAAAAGAAAAAUUGUGUCACUACCAAGCACUUGCUUGUACAGGAAGAUACCAGAAAGAGUGAGUGACACUGAGGAGAGAAUUAACAAGUGGCCGUGAGUCCGAGCCGUACAGGAGGUGAGGGAGCAAGCACCCGGCGUAGGUGAAUUAGAACCUUGUCUCCUGGUCUAUGCAACAUUAGGACAUUUUUCUUGAUUAAAUGAUUAGAAAGUGAAGUCUGUGAGGCAAAGGUGAAGGACUUGGAUUGUUGUGUUUGCAUGGUAGCAGUUCUUAGAGGGAAGACCCCUCUCCAGAAGGCGUGGCCAGCAGAGGGUGUCUUUACUGGAGCCAGAGCAAGAGAGGAGACAGUUAAGCAGUUGAUCAUGGUGGGACAGGAGUUAAAAUUCAACCCAUUAUCAGAUGCUCAAGGUCUGAGAUACAAGGUUGUUUUGAAAUACAAACGUGUCUCCCAAAUCACAGUAGGUAUUUUGUUAAGAAGUGGCUCAAGUAUCCAAACAGCAAUGUGUAGAGUCAGAGCAAAUUAGUCAGAGCAAAUUACUUUAAAAUUAAUCCAGUUGCAUUCAGAUAUAACUAUGCAAUGAAACUGAGGCAUGGAAAAAUCUGGGCUGGGAAAGCCACAUUCUUCCACUGGAUUCUAGAUUGAAAAAGCGGCGGCAGCUCAAUGACUAUGGUCAUUUAACGCAGGCCAAGUGCUUCGCCACAUGUCACCAAACAAGCAGAAAGGUUUUUCUGCAUAAAGAGGAAGGAAAAGGCGUUUUGAAAGCACAGACAGUUCUACCAACUCUACAUGUUCCUCCUUCUCUAACUUGGUUCUUUUACUCUUUCAAGACGUGUUCCAGCUGUAAUCUAUGACACCUCUAUCUGUUUAGGUCAUAGCAUUGUAAGUGUUUUCUUGGGCUUUAAAAAUAAAUCUGUUUGGGGGAGGGAAACUGAACCUGCAUGAUAAUGUUAGGCAUGCGAACCAAGCACACUAGCUGAGAAAGUCAAAAUCACGGUUUCCAUGGUAACGUUUAACUUGUCUGUGUCGUACACAUUUCUCAAGAAAUAUAUUCACCAGACUACCUACUCACAAAAUCUGCUCCCCGGGCAUACAAAGAUAUAUGUUGGGGAAAGGAGGAAAACGGAAGUUUGAUGAGCAUGAAGAUGGGCUGGAAGGCAAAAUUGUGUCUCCCUCUGACGGGCCAUCCAAGGUGUCUUACACCUUACAGCGCCAGACUAUCUUCAACAUUUCCCUUAUGAAACUCUACAACCACCGGCCCCUCACGGAACCCAGCUUGCAGAAGACCGUUUUAAUCAACAACAUGUUGAGGCGGAUCCAGGAGGAGCUCAAACAGGAAGGCAGCCUGCGGCCCGUGUUCGCCCCCUCCUCGCAGCCGGCCGACGCGCUGAGCGACAGCUACCGCGAGGCGCCCCCGGCGCCCGGGCACCCCCACCCCGCGGGCGCCGCGCACCCCUGUGACCCCGGAAGCACUACGCCCCUGGAGGCCUGCCUCACCCCCGCCUCCCUGCUGGAGGCCGACGAUGACACUUUUUGCACUUCCCAGGCCCUGCAGCCCGUGUGCCCCACCAAACUCUCGCCCCCAGCCCUCCCGCCGGAGAAGGACAGCUUCUCCUCCGCGCUGGACGAGAUCGAGGAGCUCUGCCCCACAUCUACCUCCGCCGAGGCCGCCGCGGCCGCCGAGCGCGCCAAAGGGGACGCCGCCCAGCCCGGCCUCCAGAAACACGAGGGGCUCCCGGAGGCCCGAGCCGACGACCCCAGGCUCAUGGAGUCGCUUCCCGGGAAUUUUGAGAUCACGACGUCCACGGGGUUUCUGACAGACUUGACCUUGGACGACAUCCUGUUCGCGGACAUCGACACGUCCAUGUAUGAUUUUGACCCCUGCACGUCCGCGUCAGGCACGGCCUCAAAAAUGGCCCCCGUGUCGGCCGACGACCUCCUCAAGACUCUCGCCCCUUACAGCAGCCAGCCCGUCGCCCCCAGUCAGCCUUUCAAAAUGGACCUCACGGAGCUGGACCACAUCAUGGAGGUGCUGGUGGGGUCUUAAGGCCUGGUGGCCGCCCACCCAGCCCCUGUGCUUGUCCCUGCGCCCUGACAGCUCUCCGCACUGUGCAUGCACCCUUGCUUGCCUUUUUCAGAAAGAAAAGAACAUUUUACAAAAGGAUCACACUAGUUUUUGCUUUGAGCAGAGUUGGAGUGCCUUCAUCCAAGUAUGACCACUUUUAAUACGCUUUUUUGAGUGGUUCCUCAGAGACCUACUACCUUGGAAUAGGAAAGAAGACAUUUGAAGACAAUAUUGCUAUGUUGAAUGACAAAAACAAACAGUUCAAGUGAAGCACAAGGAAUAAGUUGGAAAAGCUGUAAAUUGCAUGUGCAUAUUUGUCUAUUUUUUCUAUAAGUUUUAUUGCAAGAGGUAAAAAGAAUAUAUAUAUAUAUAUAUAUAUUAUUUAGAUAAUCUCAGUACCUUUUCUGGCAUUUUUGCCCUGUAUAGGUUGACUUGGCAAUUCAGCCUUUUUAGAGGCAUUAACUACUCCUCCUAAGUGUUGCAUUUACAUGGCUGUUUAGAAACUGCUGCCCAAAUUUAUUUUAUAUUUUUGUACAGAUUCUGCAGUUUAUGAUAUUGUUUUUCUAAAAACAAAUGCUGUUUAUACAUAUGAGAUAGCUAUUUUGAUAGGAUUUGCUCACAUAGUUCCUGCAAACUUCAGAUGUACAAGUUGCACUUGUACUUUUAUAGAGUUGUAAUGUUUUAUAUGUGUUUGGUGCAAAGAGAAAAUUUGAUCAAAUCAAUUUGCAAUUGAUGUUCCCCAAAUGCAGACAUGCGGUCUCUCUCUCUCUCUCUCUCUCUCUCUCUCUUUCUCUCUUUCUCUCUCUCUCUCUCUCUCUCUCUCUCUCUCUCUCUCUCUCUCUCUCUCUCUCACAGUGCUUUAAGAAAGGGCCAGGCAAUAUCACACCCAAAUUUCACGAGCACCAACCCCUUGGCAUGAACACCCACCAGCACUGUGACUUCCAAAGCCAGAGCCACGUCAACUCAUCAAACUUGCGUUAAGCAGUUGGCAGGAGGUGGCCUUCGAGCUUGGGGUUUACGUGAUGGUUGUCUUUAGCUCCCUCUCUUCAGGGGAAGGCUGCAGAGUACUCACUAUAUUUAUGCCGGGUUUGUGCUUUUAAUUGCUUUGUUUUUUUAACAAGACCCCAGGUCUUUCCUUUUUGGCCUGAUUUUUGUGAUGACCUGAAAUUUUACACCCAAGCAAUUUUAUGAAAAGCGACUAACCUCUUCAUGGAACUAAACCCUCUUGCAAUGGUAGGACUUGUAAAGAAGAAAAUCUCCCCCAGAAGGCGUCAUCAUGUUGCUCAGUUGUCUUUUCCUGCUUCCCUUCCCUGGAGCUUUUGUUCCCUCUGUUGCUAAGUGCUGCAAAUGGCAUCCUCAGAUCACCACAGUGAGCUCGGCUCACCUCAGCCCAGCCUGGGAUGCUAUCUUGGAACACCCGUGGCUGGAGUUGGCCCCAUGAAGUCACAGCUUCCAGUCUGGUUGCUUUCUUGAAUCAACUGCUCUAACUACACUUUACAAGGCUGUUUUACCCAAAUACACAGACGGGACUUUCUAUGCAUGUUUCUCCUCUUUCCACCCGUCCCCACCCCCAACCCCAGCCCCAGGACACUUGAGAAAUAGCUUUUUAUUCCUAGUGGUGUACAUUUAAUUUUAAAACGUUUGCGAUGUAUCAUGCUUAUUGCCGAAAUUGUUUAUGGCCUUUUCGUUUCAGUUCUUUCUUUCUCCCAAUGGUACUUUAGCUGGUUACAACCUGUAUUAUUGAAAUGCAGAUGGCUUCUUUAGGAAUAACUUUUAUAUUUAUUUAAGAAUUUUUAAAUUAUGGGAUUUGUGUUGUUGUUGUUGUCUUUGUCGUUGGUCAUUUGUCAAUAUUCAGUCACCAGUUCUGCUCACUUCUUGCCAUGGAUAAAAUUGAGUCUUUCUGGCCAAUCGAAAAGACAGCUUUAUAAAAUGGCACUUUAAACAAGCCAUAGAUAGUUUUAUUUUUAUAAUGCACAUGGCAAAGUAAAUAUAUUUGUGAUGAAGGAACUGCUCGUCUAAGCAAAAAAAUUCAUGUAUGAUAUGAUUAAAUCUUCCUACAUCCUAAUUUGCUUUCUCCCCUCCCCCCCCCCCACUUGAAUGUGUUUUGAAAGGCUGAUUAUCAACUCUGCAGAGCAGUGAGAAGCAGAUCACAUUGCACUUGUUCUCCUACAAGCAACCUCCACCCGGUGACCUCUUACUGCUAGGAUACGUCAUUUCCUUUGAUAGGACCAGGGACCAUAGAGUUGAGGUGAGGGUUGUUGUAGAUGCUUCCGGUGUCGCUGUGCCUGUCCAUUUUAAGAGCAUCCUUUCCCUGUAGAGAGUAAGUCUGCCCAGACGCCAUGCUUUUGAUAACUGGAGGACCUGACGAGCUCAGCACAUGCUGCACACGUCUACAUGCGUGCACACACACAAUAGUGUUGAUUAUUCCGAACAAUAACAGGGUAAGGCGGUUGAUUUGCCAUUGUUAAAAACUGAUUUACAGUAACUUAGAACAACUGUACUUUGGUUGGAUUAGCUAAUCAUGUGUUUAAACAAAUCCCAUAUGUUGGGCAACAGUUCAAAUAAGCACAGCGAAGUGUUGCCCAAACGUGGGUCUCUGGCUCUCUCGUGUUUGGAAGGCUGGGCUUCAGAAUCAAAACAAAACCCCCAGCAACAGCACGCAGAUGCUUUUUUAAACUCUGGACACCCUUACCGUAAAUUCUCCAUAAUCUAGAUCUAAGGAGGAAAACACGAGAAAUGAGUGGCCUGUUUCAAAAAGAACAAAACCAUCAAGUGUUUGGUAUCUUUGUGUCUUCAUUUCCCAAAGCGAUGUCCCGUCAGCGGAGGGUGUGCGCCUGCGUGAGGUCUCCGAGUCCCAGUCCGAGCGAGGCACGAGGGACGUGCGUGCAGAUGCCACCUGGUAGCAGAGCCUUCCCCUUCGUGAAGGACAUCGAGUGGCGUUCAGAGUCAGGCAGGCAGUGUGAGGUGCCUUCCUGAGAAAGCUCUGCUGGGUGGGACUUGGGAGAGGACAAUUCUUGACAGUGGUGUGCAAUGACGUGACAAGAUGAGAGCAGAAUAAUAAGAGCUUUGAAUUUGAAGUGAUUUUUUUUCAUAAGUUAUUUAUUCCUUUUUUUUUUUCUGUGUAAAUAUAUUUAUUUUACUGUGGAGCUCUAACAACAUCUGGAUCGUAACAUGUGCAGAAUGUAUGGUAGGAAUGUAUUCUCUUGUAGGAAUGUAAAUCUGUAUUAAAAGGGGCUGAGCCAGGCCCCUGGGUCUUCUCAUCGUAUGCACAGUCCACAUUCAUUUUUACUCUCUUCUCUAAUAUGGGUCUAUUUGAAAUAUGCAAAAGGUAUGGAUGAGGAAUGUUUCAAUACCUCCAAAUUUUUAAGAAAAUCAAGCAUCAAAGGGUUGAUAUUUUUAAAUAUUUUUUAGUAGCACUUUCUCUUUAUGACAGAAGGGGCAACCACACUGACACCCUCAUUCAUACCAAAGGGUGAGAACUAGCCACAUCCCCGCUGCACCCCAGUGUCUUUAUCAAUUGAGCUUUUUAUCGCCAUAGCCCCUUGGAGUGUCCCAGCUGCCCUGAGGUCAAUCAAGGAAAAUUUCUUAAAUAAAUAAGCUCCAAAGAGCCAAAGUAUCAACUUACGGAUCAUUUUUAAAGCUUAAAUUUAUUAGCCACCUUUGUGGUAAACAAUAAAUUAUGAAUACCACAGGGCAGCCUUCUUAAAUGACAGAAGUAAAAAAAAAAAAUAAAUGAGAGACUCUACUUUGUGCAGCGAUUGUUAUUCUCUCUAGGAAUUGUCUUAAUUUCAAAACCUUGCUGUUACAAAUUGGACCUUUAUACAUUUGCUGAAAAGAGCAUAUUUAACCUGUUCUGGCUGUGACUGGUUAACUUCCUGUAACUGCCAAGGGCAGCGAGGUGUGUGCGUCUUGCUUGUGAACAAUUGUUUUCAGCGCUUCUAAGAAAGUCUGAAUGGGUUCUUGAAAUUUAGCCAGGAUCAAAUGCUGUUGCAAACAAAGCCAAUAAAAAAUUUGGACAUCCUUCAGGGAUAACAUGUUUGGAAGAGAAGUGCAAUCCAUAUGAGCAAACAACCAAGAUUUUGGAAAAGCUGUACAUACUGAAAUGUUUGGUGCAUGGUUUUGAGGAGGGCUGUUGAAAAAGGAGGUGUAACCUUUCCCCCACAGACCUGAGAGCUGUGCCUUUUCUAUGCAAUAUUACAGACGUUACAUCGGAAACCAGAUGGCUGUAUUCACAUGUAGGUUUGGGCUGUAAUCUAAACAAUUGGACAGAUUAAAUGUACAUGGAAAUGAGCAGUCUUACUUUUGUAGUUUUAUAUUAUACAAUAAACAGUUAAAAGAUGAGAGAGGCGUCUUCGAAGUUUCCUUCUGACCAG